UCCCGUGUCGGCAAACUAAAGGAAAGAUAUAAUAAAUACAAUGGCUUUAGCAGAAAUUUGUAAAAUUUCCAAUGCUUCAUAUAUGAAGCCAGCUGCUUGGACUUCAACGGAAGUCGAGAACGAGCUCAACGCAUUCACCAGUAAUAUUGCAAAUCCAUAUACAUUGGCGGCGCCCCCGUUUGAGAAUCCCCUUGAAAACUUGAACAAAAUCCAAGCAAACGCUAGUAACAGCGGCGUUAAGAUAAACUUUGAUCACGGCACCACAACUCUGGGUUUCAAGUACCAAGGCGGCGUCAUAUUAGCCGUGGAUUCGCGUGCAACCGGAGGUCAAUACAUUGGCUCGCAGUCAAUGAAGAAAAUUGUCGAAAUCAACCAGUUCUUGCUUGGAACAUUGGCCGGCGGUGCCGCUGACUGUGUCUACUGGGAUCGCGUGCUGGCAAAGGAAUGUCGCCUACACGAGCUGCGAAACAAGGAACGCAUCUCGGUGGCUGCGGCCAGCAAGAUCAUGGCAAAUAUCGCUCACGAGUACAAGGGCAUGGGUCUAAGCAUGGGCAUGAUGUUGGCCGGGUAUGACAAGCGCGGACCAGGACUGUACUACGUGGACUCGGAAGGAUCACGCACUCCCGGCAACGUAUUUUCGGUUGGCAGCGGUUCUAUUUAUGCUUUCGGAGUCCUGGACUCAGGCUACCACUGGGACUUGAAGGACACUGAAGCACAGGAGCUGGGUCGCCGUGCCAUUUACCAUGCCACAUUCCGUGAUGCUUAUUCGGGCGGAAUUGUUCGCGUGUACCACAUGACUCCAAAUGGCUGGAUCAAAAUUUCAGAAACAGACUGCAUGGAGCUUCACUACAAAUACAAGGAGCAGAACAAAGCAAAAUAAUAUCUUAUGUUAACAAUUGCACAGCAACAAAUUAUGGAGAUACAAAAACAUUA